AUGGACAUAGCCCGGAGACGGAGUGCGUUGGUGGUGUUGGGCUUGCUGGUCGGUUCGGCCUACAGCAGCUGCCUCGGCGGAGGCUGUGGUGGAGGAUCCUCUGGUGGCAUUAGCCGUUCCUACGGAGGACCCACUAAUAGUUUCGGAGGUUCUGGAGGAGGAGGCGGGUCCUUCGGAGGAGGAUCCUUCGGAGGAGGAUCCUUCGGGGGAGGAUCCUUCGGAGGAGGAUCCUUCGGAGGAGGAUCCUUCGGGGGAGGAUCCUUUGGAGGAGGUUCUGGAGGUGGCGGUGGAGGAGGAAUAAGUACCAGUUAUGGAGGACCAACCAAUAACUUCGGUGGAGGAGGAGGUGGCGGUGGGUCCUUUGGGGGAGGUGGAUCCUUCGGAGGAGGAUCUUUCGGAGGUGGUGGCGGAUCCUUCGGUGGCGGGUCCUCUGGAGGAGUAAGUACAAGUUACAGCGGACCAAGUAAUAGCUUUGGAGGAGGAGGUGGCGGCGGAUCCUUCGGAAGUGGCGGCGGAUCCUUUGGCGGAGGCGGCGGUGGCUUCGGCGGCGGAGGAGGAUCCUUUGGCGGGGGAGUGAGCAACACUUACAGUGGCCCAAGCAAUAACUUCGGAGGCUCUGGCGGAGGCGGUGGAGGAGGGCCAGCAGCAUUUUUAGCAAAGGAAACCACCAAAUCACUAGCCUCCUCACAUGUACCAUCAUCAGAGGGUGUGGCUUUUACGGUCUUAAAGCACAAAUCCCUCACUACCUUCCCCGUUUUACUGAAUGCAUUUAAACGAAAUAAAUAA